CGUCAUAUAUAAAUGUCCCAUUGACUCCUGCUGAGUACGCGCAUGUUCUUUCUUCACUGCUGUCUCCGUCGCACACCACACCAAAGAAAAGGAGCCCCACAUCAGGCCAGGACAUGUCUAAUUGUGUCUUCUUCGCCCUGCUCGGCCUGAGUCUCGGGCUGGUAAAUGCGUUUCCUUCCCAGCAGACAGACGGUGGGAAAAACUGGGUGGUUAUCGUUGCUGGCUCCAAUGGCUGGUACAACUACAGACACCAGGCCGAUGCCUGCCAUGCCUACCAGAUCGUCCACAAGAAUGGCAUCCCGGAUGAGCAGAUUGUGGUCAUGAUGUAUGAUGACUUGGCAGACAGCGAGGAUAACCCCACCCCCGGGAUACUGAUCAACAGGCCGAACGGCUCAGAUGUGUACAAGGGAGUCCUUAAAGACUACAUCGGCGAAGAUGUGACCCCGCAAAACUUCCUGGCGGUGCUGAAGGGCGACUCCAAGAAUAUCAAAGGUGGCUCUGGAAAAGUGUUGAAGAGCGGCCCCAACGAUCACGUGUUCGUUUACUUCACUGACCACGGGGCGCCGGGUCUUCUGGCCUUUCCUAGUGAUGAUCUCCAUGUUGAAGACCUGCAAGACACCAUUAAAUACAUGCACGAUAAUAAGAAAUACAAAAAGAUGGUCUUCUACAUUGAGGCGUGCGAGUCCGGGUCAAUGAUGAAUCACCUGCCUGGUGACAUUGACGUUUACGCCACCACAGCAGCCAACCCUCACGAGUCCUCUUAUGCCUGCUACUAUGACGAGAGCAGGGACACGUACCUGGGAGACUGGUACAGCGUCAACUGGAUGGAGGACUCCGAUGUGGAGGACCUGACCAAAGAAACUUUGCUGAAGCAGUUCAAGAUCGUGAAGAAUCACACGAACACCAGCCACGUCCAGCAGUACGGAAACAAGACUAUGGCCCAUAUGAAGGUUGUGCAGUUUCAGGGUAACCCCAAAGCAGACAGCCCACCUGCCCCUCCAAUGACCCUGCAGCCAGUUACUGAUCUGAAUCUGACCCCGAGCCCCGAUGUUCCUCUGGCCAUCCUCAAGAGGAAGAUGAUGGCCUCCAAUGAUAUCAGAGUUGCCAGGGGCCUGCUGAUGGAGAUCAACGUCCACCUCAAGAUCAGGGAGAUUCUGGCUGACACGAUGCGCCAAGUGGUUGAGAGGGUGACCGGCGACAGAUUCAAGGCCGAGGAGGUCCUGAACGAAAGAGCCGAACUGAACCAGCACGAGUGCUACAAGGCCGCCGUCAACCACUACAAACACAACUGCUUCAACUGGCACAAGUCCGAGUACGAAUACGCUCUGAGACACCUUUACGCUCUGGUGAACCUGUGUGAGCGAGGAUACUCCGCUGACAGAAUCCAGCUUGUCAUGGACUCCGUGUGCCAUUUCAGCAAGUAAAAGAGUUUCUGUUUUAGCAACAAGCUGCUUCUUCCAUGAGCGAAGUCCUCCGACGACGGAGCUUCUCUUUGCACCGCUUAGGAAUCAAAUCUGAUGUGGAGUUGACGUUAUUGUUUUAUCAACACACUAACGCUGUCUUUUUUUUCUUCUUUUUUUUUAACUUGUAAUUUUUUUACUGAGAACUUUUAAACACGUUUUAUGAUGAGUUGCACUAUUGCUGUGAAGAGUUUGUGGAUGACACUUUACUGCUUCUGAUGAUCGGAUAAGACGAAUAUGACACGGGAUUGAUGUAAAUUUGUUUAGCUCUCAGCUUUGUGUGUGUUUUGAAGGCCCUGCAUGAAUGAAUGAAUGAAUGAAUGAAUGUUUGAUUGACAUGUAAAGGACAUACCACUAAGCAUUGAAUGUCAUACCUCGAGAGACUCUGGUGUCACACAGGGGUUUUGAAAUAAAUCUGGUACAUCAAAACCGCUAAAAAUAA